AUGAACACUUUGGCAGAUUAUGGAGAUGAAAGCGACGAGGAUUCACCACGACGACGUUCAUUUCAUGCGGAGCCAACUACUGCAAACAUCUCAGCCAAUUCUGGGCCAAGUAGCGAGCAUUCGCCCAGACUUCAAAAAAGCCCGGAGCAUUCGCCCAGACUUCAAAAAAGUCCGGAGCAUUCGCCUAGACCAAGAAGGGAUUCGGAUAUGAUGUUUGACGACGGUGACGUGAUGUUUGAUGAGCCGCGGCGUUACUCGUCCUUCAGCGAUCGUAGUGAUCAUAGUGAACAAAUGGAGUUUCGGGAGCCACCACCACCGAAGAGGAAGGUAGAUCACUCACCAUCACCGUCGCUACCAACGCCUACCAAGCUACCCCAGGUGCAUUCAUGAGU